AUGGUAUUGGCCAAGAGCAAACAGGCCGUCGGCCUGGGCAAUGCCCUUAUGAACGACCGCUUCAAGAACAAGAACUCCAACCAACACAGAGCCAACGCCGGAGGAAUUCAGAGAAAAGGCCAAAAUGGAGAGACAUACAUCACAAACAACAAGCAGGCCGCUGCAUACGAGAAGAUGCGCUCCGUUACCGAGCAGGGCGAUCUGGACGAGUUUCUGUCUACCGCAGAGCUGGCUGGCACCGAUUUCACCGCCGAGAAGAUGAACAAUGUCAAGAUUAUUCACAGGGACCAGAAGAACCCCUACCUCUUGUCCUCGACUGAGGAGCGUAACGUCGUCAAGAAGCACAACAAGAACAGAAGUCGUCUGACCGUCCCUCGUCGCCCGAAAUGGGAUUCCACUACUACCAAGGAUGAGCUGAACACACGCGAGAAGGAAGCUAUGAUCGAGUGGCGCAGAGACCUUGCCGAGCUUCAAGAGAACCAGGACUUGCUCCUGACUCCUUUCGAGCGCAAUCUCGAGGUCUGGAGACAGCUUUGGCGUGUCAUUGAGCGUUCCGACUUGGUCGUGCAGAUUGUCGAUGCCAGAAACCCUCUCAUGUUCCGCAGUGAAGACAUGGAAUCCUACGUCAAAGAGGUCGACCCCAAGAAGCGCAACUUGCUGCUCGUCAACAAGGCCGAUAUGAUGACGCUCGAGCAACGCCAGACUUGGGCCAAGUACUUCAUCGACAACAACAUCAACUUCCGUUUCUUCUCUGCAGAGCUCGCUCGUGAGCUGAACGACGCCAAGGCCGAACAGGAGGAGUCGCAGACGCAAGAGGUGGAUAGCGAGGACGAUGAGAGCGAGGACGAGGUUGCUGAGGCGCUAGAUGGAGACGAGAAUGCUUUGGAGCAGGAGGCCAAGAAGCUCGACAUCCAGGAUGCACAAGAAGAGGAAGCCAAGUGGGUUGACGAAGAGACUGUUGACGACAAACACGCUGCACCUGUAUCAGAUGUCAUCCCCAUGUCGCUCGAGGAGGCGACACGCAUUCUUACAACUGAGGAUCUCGAAGCUCUCUUCUUAGAGCACGCUCCAAAGAUGGCUGCUGCUACCGACGACAAGCCCGCUCGCAAAGUACAAAUUGGUCUGGUCGGUUACCCCAACGUUGGUAAAUCGUCCACCAUCAACGCUCUGCUAGGCGCAAAGAAGGUCUCUGUCUCUGCCACACCCGGUAAGACGAAGCACUUCCAGACCAUUCACUACUCAGACCAAGUCGUGCUUUGCGAUUGUCCUGGUCUGGUGUUCCCCAACUUCGCCUUCACAAAAGCAGAACUCACAUGCAACGGUGUUCUGCCAAUCGACCAGAUGCGCGAGUACACCGGUCCCGCAACUCUUGUCGCUCAGCGUAUUCCCAAGCCUUUCCUCGAAGCUGUUUAUGGUAUCACAAUCAACAUUCGCUCUCGUGAAGAGGGCGGUACAGGUACACCAACUGGUGAGGAACUGCUACGCGCAUACGCCGCCGCUCGUGGCUUCUUCACCCAAGGUCUUGGUCAGCCUGAUGAGAGCAGAGCCGCCAGACUGGUCCUUAAGGAUUACGUCAAGGGUAAACUGCUGUUCGUACACCCCCCUCCUUCAGAGCCUCCGAUCGACCACAAGCACUUCAACCGCGAACUCUACGACUACAACCACCUUCCUCAGAAGCGACGACUCCAACUCGCGGCUAUGCACUCAGCUGCAAGGCACCCGGAAAUGCAGACUGGUGAUGAGCCAUCGAUUAUGGAGAAUGACGAUCUCGACAUGAUCCCCAUCAGUGGAGCAAAGACACAACGUAUGGACAAGCAAUUCUUCGCACCUGGCCAGGGUAGAGGACAGCAAAACAUGCCCUUCCACCACAAAUACACAGAGCAAGGACAAAAGCAAGUAGAAAACACUGGUGGCAAGAUGUUGACUGGUCGCAAAGCUAAGAUCAUGAUGGCUCUGGAAAAGGACAUGGACCCUGAUGAUGUGAAGAUGAUGAUGUCAAGCAAGAAGCACUUCAAGGCCAACAAGAGGGCGCAAAAGAAGGUCAGAAGCGAGUACAAUGAUUAA